UACAAAUGCCGCCGAAGAAGAAAGUCGUUGGGAAGGACAAUUCUACACUUUCCAAGCAGCCUGUUUCUCACCCUCAACCACCAAAAUGGCCGGCUCUUUCCAAGAUUGAUCAGUGGGCCCCACCACCCCUCACCACCCUGCUAGGAAACCAAAUCAUCACACUGCCCCUCUUCUCCCCAGCAACCUGCAAAGCCUUCGUCAAACUAUGUGAAUCCCUCCCAAUGGAAAAAACCCCGUCCGCGGUCAAAGGCAUGGCCCUCCGCACCAACGACCGCUGGCAGCUCACCGAUCCCGAAUUUGCGAAGAGGCUGUGGGAAGACACGGGGUUGAACGAGGUUUGUGGGGACUGGACGGAGAAACCGAAUAUGAAGGGGGAGGUGCGGGCUGUUGGCUUGAAUUCGAAUAUUCGGGUGUACAGGUAUCCGAAGGGCGCGUUCUUUCAGCGGCAUUAUGACGAUCAUGCGGUGGAUCCGGUGACUGGGCAUACCACCCAAUGGACUCUGUUGGUCUACCUUAUGGGCGAGGAAGAUGGUGUACGUGGUGGUGAAACAGUGUUCUACACCAGCACGGGUUCAGGGAAGAAAGCUAAGGAGCAGCCGCUGGUUGCAAAGUUGAGUCGGGGUACGGCGUUGUUGCAUAGACAUGGAUCGAAUUGUCUGGUGCAUGAGGGGAGUGAGGUUCUGGAAGGAGUGAAAUGGGUGUUGAGGAGCGAUGUUUGUUUUGCAUGAUGCGAGCGUUUAUUUCUUUGGUGAUACCCUAGAUCUGGCUGUCAUGAACAGCAGCCACCAAUUUAUACUCUUACAUUUCCUGUUCUGAAGACUUAGGCAAUCGUCAACGUCCUCCUAACACCCUCGGUAACUUUGUCCACCGGAACAGCAUCUACGACAUCAUCAUCAUACUCCCCGUCACUCUCAUCCUCGCUAUCCUCCUCCUCACUGUCGUCCUCUUCGUCAUCACUCUCCUCCUGACGUUUCCGAUUCGGAUUUUCCCAUUCCCGUGCAUUCUUCGCUUGCUUCAAUGUCUCGUAAUCAUCCUCCGCAUCAGGCUCGUCGUCGAACU